GGUAACUUCAAUACGACCUCACGUAAAGAUUUUCACACAUUCUCCUCUGAGGCUGAUCACUAACAGGACACACUGCAGUCUGUUCAGAGCGGCACACACAUAUUUGUUUUUGAGAAAAAGGGUUUGGAAGCUGCUGACGAUCAACAGAAGUUCAGCAGCUGACAUGGAAGCUGUAGUUGGACUGCUACUGAUGUGGCUCGGAUACUCUCAUGGUGUGGAAACUCACUGUGAUGGCAGACAGGAUGGAGCUCAGUGUUAUGGAGCUUUGGGAGGAACUGUGGACAUCCAGCUGACUGACAACACCUCAGAAAUAUUUAGAUACCAACUGUUAAAGAAUUCAUUAAAAAUACUAGAUGUCAGAAAUAAUACGGUUAUUUAUAAUACCAUAGCACACAGGUCUCUCGUUUUUCUCAGUAAUCGAACAUUUAGGAUCAAUAACCUGAGUAGGAAUGACAGUGGUAAUUAUACCCUUAAAAUCUUUGGUUCAGAUGGAACAUCAUCAGGCGAGCGGACUUUACAGUUGUUCAUUCAAGCUCCUGUGUCCUCUGUCCUGCUGCUCUCUGAGUGUCUGUCCCAGAGAGAGAUAAGGGUGUCCUGCUCCUCUGAGGGAGGGGACAGUCCUCAGUACAGCUGGACUCUGGAUGGACGCACACUGACAGAUGCUCAGCUCCUUUCUGUAAAUAAUGAGACUAACAUCAUCACUCUGAAACAGCACAUCUCAGGACGUCUGGUCUGCUCAGUGAGGAACAACGUCAGUGAUGUCUCAGAAGAACAGAAGACCUGUCGCUUCAUUAACUGCACCUCAAUCAAUGGGACACAGAUAUUAGGGUGGGUGCCUGUGGACAGUAACGGCCUGUGUAUUGAACCAACAACAGAACCUACCCCAGUCACACCAACUUCUGUGGGUAAGGAGACUGGCACAGUGUCAAUUACACAAUUCAACAAUGAAACUGUGACUUCCAACAGUGAUGACCAAUGGUACAUUACCAAUUUGCCACUGAUCGGUGGUGUUCUCUCAGCACUGGUAUUUUUCUUACUUGUGGGUGUGGCGGUGAUCUGUGCUCAGAGGAAAAAACAAAACAACAAACCUACAAAACCAAAAGAGGAUGAAUGUGACCAAGAUGUAACCUAUGCUGAUGUCAGGAUCAUGAAGCAACAGGGGAAGCCAGCGGUGCAAACAACAGAGGCGGAGGUGGAGGUGGAGUACGGCCAAGUCAAGUUUUCGAGGCGAUCUCGCCACACUGAACCAACAGGAGAUGAUUGUAUGUAUGCAAAGGUCCAAAGAUUCCGGUGAUUUAGGUUAUUGGUGUGUUCACACAGACUGAAGGUCCAUGGAGAGAAGAGAUGAUGUCAAGAUGCCAAAAGGUCUUUUAUUUAAUUCAAUUUCCCAUCAGAAAAAUAAAAAACCUUCAGAUUUCA